AGGCAUAUAUUGUCGUCCAUGUAUAAAACCUAGCUAGACCUACACUAAACUCCAUUUCAUUUCCCUCAUCACCCAUAAUUAAUGUUAUUAGCCAUGAUGAUGAGAGCUUUAUUCCAAUGCCAAGGCCAAAAAACCCUCCAAACCGCCAUUCUCGCCGUGGAAAUUCUCCUCCUCCCGCCGGGCCUCAUCUCCACCUUCCUCAUGCUCCGGCGGGCCGCCGCCCACCUCCACCUCCUCCUCCCCGGCGGCGAGCACUGGGCUCGCCGGGUGAGGCUGUCGCCCUCGCCUCCGCCGCUCUUCAUGUGCGUCUUCGUCAACUCCAUUGUCAUCCUCAUCUUGCUCACCUCUUCCAAACUCCACCGCCGCCGCCGGAAAAACGACAGCCUCUUCGACCUUUUCUCUUACGAUGCCGGUGAUCCGUCGGGAACUUUGUCGUCACCUCCCGCGGCGGCUCUAACUGUUACCCUUGACCACAACGACAACAAUGGAAGGAGCUUAAGGGACGAUGAAGAUCACACAACGAAGGAGAACCUCCACGAGCGCCGCCCUGACUCAAUCGAGGCGACAUGGGCGGCGAUCCACUGCGGCUGCAGCGGAGACGACAAACUCAAGAAAAGCGGGACGUGGCCGAAACUGCCCCCGCAGCCUCAGACAGCAGAACAUGACACAGUUAGUGCCCUUCCACUGUCUGCGGCGGCGGCGGAAGCAAAAUCACCACCGUCUGUGGUGGCGGAGACAAAAUCACUGUCACCAAUGGCGGUGGCGAAAAAGUCGCCGCCAUCUGUGGCGGCGACUGCUGUAAAGUCGCCGCCAUCUGUGGCGACGGCGACGGCAAAGUCGCUGCCAUCUGUGGCGGCGACUGGUGUAAAGUCACCGCCAUCUGUGGCGACGGCGACGGCAAAGUCGCUGCCGUCAGUGGCGACGGCGACGGCAAAGUCGCUGCCGUCAGUGGCGGCGGAGGCAAGAAAGGAGAAAGAAUUGAGGAAAUCGACGACAUUUACGGACGCCGUGCCCCGGCGAGGCGGGGUGCGGGGCCCGGAGGAGCUGGACAAGAGGUUCGAAGAGUUCAUACGCAACUUCAAUCAUGAGUUGAGGCUGGAAAGGCAAGACUCGGAGGAGCGGUUUUGGGAGAGAAUGAAGCGCGGACUUAAUUAAUUAAUUCUACUAAUAAGGUGCGUUUUGAUGGGAAUCACAUCACAUAUAUGGUCUAAUUAUCAAUGUAUCUUCCUAAAUCCAAACGUCGUAUUAUUAGAUUCGAAUUUAUUAUGUAGCAAUUAACUAUGUUGAUUAUU